AUGUACGCAAAGGCGGAUCUUGUCAAGCAUGUAAAAGCAUUGUACGAGUAUUUAGACACUAUCGAAACAGCGAGAGAAACUUGGUGGCAGUCCAAAAAGGAGCUUCGAGCACAGUUACGGGAAGACAUUGCUCGUGAAAGACAGACUCAGAAUUUCAAAGCGGCCACUCAGUCCGAAAGGGCGAGGCAAGCCCAAGAAAGCGCGCAGGAGCGGAUGAAUAAGUUGCAGGCGAUCAAUGCGCGGGCAAUGGACAUGAUCGAAAACAUGUUGGUUGCGCCAUACAUUGCGAUAGUGAUCAGAUGGCUAACCGGAAUCACAAGGCGCAACGAGCUGGAUUUUGUCACUCAACGCACGCUUCAGUUAUCGCCCGUCGAGUUGCGCCAGUAA